AUGCACAGCUUCAGUUUUUACAUCUCAGCGCUGCUGGUCGCGCUCUUCACAAGCGGUAUCCACGCCCAGCAAAAGGCACCCGCGGCAUCGACAUUCUACCUCGACCAGACUGAAACUCAGUUUUCGCUGAGUCUGGCAAAUGAUUCCGCCGAUGUGUACAUCUACUUUGCUAGCCCGGCGUACUCGUGGGUCGCCGUAGGGUUUGGCGCGAGCAUGGAGAAUAGUUUGAUGUUGGUUAUGUAUGCGAAUGCGAGGGGGGAUAACAUCACCAUCUCCCCGCGUCUCUCCACGGGCCACACCGAGCCCUCCUUCUCCCCAGCUAUCAAAAUCGAUGUUCUAAACGGCACCGGCAUCUACGAUGACCUGUACGUCCUCCGCGCCGUCUGCCACGCCUGCCGCGUCUGGCCCAACGGCUUCCUAGAGACGUCUUCCGCGGCUGCUCCUAUGCUGUUCGCGUUCGGACCAGGGACGGCAAAGCAGUCUGAUGAUCGAAACGCCCCGCUGCGCAGGCACGUGCGGUAUGGCACGUUCAGCAUGGAUUUGACAGCUGCGACGUCCGGGGAUGCAAGCGUGCCGGAGGCGGAGCCGCAGUUGCGAGGUGCGGUUAUCCAGGGAAUGAAGAAGGAUAGGGAUGGCAAGGAUCUCGCGCACGCCAUUCUGGGAUGCGUUGCGCUGUUUGUGCUGUGGCCGAUCAACGUGGUGCUCGCGGGGUUCUUCAGGAACAUCAAGCUGCACGUCGGGGCAUCCGUGGCUAUUCUCGUUUUUCUGGUAUUGAGUUACGGGCUGGGGAUUGCGACGAGUUCGCAGUACAAUCGCUCCAAGUCGUACCACUCUCCGCACCAGAUUCUGGCGUUCGUGGCACUCUUCCCCACGCUCCUCCUGGCCGUACUCCCCGCGAAGAAACUCGCCGCCCUUAGCCCCAGGAUCCCCAAGCUCCACACGCCCCUCACGACCCUGACGUUUACCCUGCUCGUCCUCUCAGGCGGUCUGGGCCUGCGUCUCUCCAUGAGCCCCAACCCCCUUAUCCUAGCUUACGUCGCCGUCACCCUCUUUGUCGCGGCGUUCACCACGUUCAUCCUGCUCUGCGUGCGGCGGAGGGGGUCGGCGUAUGCGCGUGCGACCACCAGACGACGACUCGGUGAAGAGGAUGAGGCAGAUAUGGGAAUGGCGCGGUGGGGAGUUCGGAAGAAGUUGAGUGGGAGCAGUAGCGACGGGAGUUGGGAGGCUGGUGGAGUGGGAGGUCCAUAUGGACAUGAGCGGAGCACCAGUCAGGGUAGCUUUGUGAUGGGGAGGGGGACGAUGCCCGGGCCGCAGUAUCUGAUGAAUAUGCAUCCCGGGGUGCCGGUGUAUGUUAAUGGGCAGAAGUGA